CACUAAUAGGUGGCACUGAUUGGCAUUGAUAGGUGGCACUGACUGGCACUGAUGGGUGACACUGAAAGGCAGCUCAGAUGGGCACGGAUGUGCACUGGUAGGCACUGAUAUGUGGCAUUGAUGUGGCACUGAUGGGCACUGGCAGGUGGCACUAUUCAGCACUGACAGCUGGCACUGAUGGACACUGACAGGUGGCACUUCUGGGGCCACACUGAUCAUCAGGGCACACUGAUCAUCAGUGCCCUGAUGAUCAUUGUCAGCGUGACAGCUCGAGAGGAGAGAAAUGUCGAUAACCGGCAUUUCCCUGUUUACAUGUGAUCAGCUGUG